AUGACGAAUACGGGGACAAGGAGCAAGAAGAUGGAGAAGACAGUGAUUGGCGUAAAGUCGAAAACCAGAAGGAGAAAGGAGAAGAGGAAAAAACGGAAGGAAGAGGAACAAAGGAACGAAGAGAGGAAGAAGGAAGUCAAGAAGAAGGAAAACCCCAGGCAUCGUAGAGAGAGAAGUAAGGGCGACGCUCUGGUUAUCGAGGCGAAAGACAAAACGACAUACGCAGCACUCCUCCGGAAAGUGAGAGAGGAUCCGGAGUUGAAGCAACUAGGCGAGAACGUGGUGAAAACCAGGCGCACCCAGAAAGGCGAGAUGCUCUUCGAGCUGAAGAAGGACCCGUCGGUGAGGAGUUCAGCUUUCAAGGAACUCGUCGAGAAAUCUCUUGGCGAGGACGCGAACGUAAGAGCCUUAUCGCAGUAG